CUGCAGCUCGGAGCUGUGCUUGUGUUAUGUCUUCCGCUGGGGUUUGAUUAUUUCUGCGGGUUGUGGUGGAUCACAGACCGUCCUCCUCUGCCUGACCCGGACUCAUGGAGAACCCAGGAGACCCGGUGGAGCGUCCAUCCAGGAAGAGGCGGGACUCUUUCGGGAUGCUGGACGGGCUGGAGGAGGACCGGAGCAGCUGCAGCUCUGACUCCAGCGGGGGCAGCGGAGCCUCCAGCCAGGAGGACAGUGAUGAUGAAGAGUUUUUAGGGGGGGGAGGGGGCACUCAGCUCACCCCCUCCUCCUCUUCCUCUCUGAUGCUCAUCAAGACCAACGGACAGGUCUACACGUACCCUGAUGGGAAGACGGGCAUGGCCACCUGUGAGAUGUGCGGGAUGGUCGGUGUCAGAGAUGCUUUCUACAGUAAAACCAAGCGCUUCUGCAGCGUCUCCUGCUCCAGAAGUUACUCGUCCAACUCUAAGAAGGCCAGCAUCCUGGCCAGACUGCAGAAGAGCUCCGACAGAAGAUGGAAACAACAGAUAAUUCAGGAUCAGGAUUUAAGGCCUUACUGAGGUAUGAAGGCUUCGACGGAGACGCCACCAGAGACUUCUGGCUGAAUCUGUGUGUUCCUGACAUCCACCCAGUGGGCUGGUGUGCAGCUGGAGGGAAACCUCUGGUCCCCCCUCAGAGUAUCCUGCACAGGUUCACCAACUGGAAGACUUUCCUCAUCAAGAGACUGACGGGGUCCAAAACUCUUCCUCCGGAUUUUUCAUCCAAGGUGCAGGAGAGCAUGCAGUUCCCCUUCAAGAAGCAGAUGAGGGUGGAGGUGGUGGAUAAGACCCACCUGUGUCGGACUCGGGUGGCUCUGGUCGAGCAGGUGAUCGGCGGCCGGCUGCGGCUCGUGUACGAGGAGUGCGAGGACGGGUCCGACGACUUCUGGUGUCACAUGUACAGCCCGCUGAUCCACAGUGUGGGCUGGUCCCGCUCCAUCGGGCACCGCUUCAAACGAUCCGAUGUGACGAAGAAGCUGGACGGACAGACGGARGCACCUGGACAGCUGUUUGUCAAGGUGAAGGAGGUGGAUCAGAGCGGACCCUGGUUUGAGGACGGGAUGAAGCUGGAGGCCAUCGACCCUCUGAACCUGUCGGCCAUCUGCGUGGCCACAGUGAGGAAGGUUCUGGCAGACGGGUACCUGAUGAUCGGCAUUGAUGGAUCAGAAGCUGCAGACGGCUCAGACUGGUUCUGUUAUCACUCCACGUCUCCGUCCAUCUUCCCCGCUGGCUURUGUGAGAUCAAUAACAUCGAGCUGACGCCCCCUCGAGGUUACYGCAGUCUGCCCUUCAGGUGGUUCGAGUAUCUGAAGGAGACCAAGUCUGUGGCUGCACCUGUCAACCUCUUCAACAAGGAAGUCCCAAACCACGGUUUCCGUCCCGGGAUGAAGCUGGAAGCCGUGGACCUGAUGGAGCCUCGGCUGGUCUGCGUGGCCACGGUGACCCGCAUCGUCCACCGGCUGCUGCGGGUCCACUUCGACGGCUGGGAGGACGAGUACGACCAGUGGGUGGACUGCCAGUCCCCGGACCUGUACCCGGUGGGCUGGUGCCAGCUGACCGGGUACCAGCUGCAGCCUCCCGCCGUCAACGCAGGGUCCAGAGACGGACAGUCUGCAGCGUCCAAACAGAGGAGGAAGUCCCAGCAGUACAGAGGACAGAAGAAAAAGAGGAAGUUACCUGUUGCUAAGCGCCCCGUCAGCCUCUCCGGCGCCAUGGUAACAGGAGUACCCAGGAACCUGUCGGGAGACGAGAACGAGACUCCGCCCGAUUACCCAUCACCCCCUCCCCCGGCCUCGGCAGCCCAGCCCACCUCAGCUGACCCCGACACCGAGGGGGGACCAGGUCUGCAGACGGAGGAAGAGGAGGAGGACAGCAGGAUGAAGAGAGUCGGAACAGAAACCAACGGCUCGUCUGCAGGUUUCCUCUCCAGCUAAAACAUUUUCUCCUCUGUUGGAGCAAAACUGCUCAAAGUUCAGAGAGAACUCCUCCUGCUGCCYCUUUCAUUUCACAAAAACAGAAAAAAUGUCCUGGUGCUGAGUCAGCACAAACUGAAGGAGCCGCACUGAAGAGGCACGAAGGAGGAAAAGAGUUUGUGUGAUUUUAUUUCCAACGUUUGGAUCGUUUGUCGCUGUUAAACGUAUGUGUUUGUGUUUCUGUGAUGCGUUCAGGUGCUGCGUGGAAAAAUAACUGGUUUUAACUUCAUGGACUGAACUCAAAUCACCCAGUUUCUGCUCAGCUGGAGGCUUUCUUUACUUUAAUAUUUAUUCUCUGUUUCAGUUCAAAGUUGGUUUAAAAGAAAAAAUGUGAAGCGAGUCGUCGUCAGAUUUUCUGUUUGUUCAAAUAUUUUAUUCUUUAUUUGUUUCAUGGAAUUGUUCCAACAAAGUGAAAAUGAAAAGUUUUAUUAUUGUUAGUAAAGACAGAUUUAUAUAAAUCUAAAAGUGUAGUUUAUUAAUUGAUCAGUAAAAAGUUUUAAUCAUAUCAGUCAAAAUAAAUACAACUAAAUUUAUCAGAUUAUUUUGAUUUCAGUAAUUAAACCUCAAUAAAACUGAAGUUUAUCAGACUUAAUAAAUAAAUUAUUAACAGAUAAAAUAAAAGUACAGCAGUAUUAAUAUUUACUGUAAAGUUGGAUSUUAGUUUAUUGUCAGUGUUUUAAAGUUUUUCAACAAAAAAGAAAAUAAAAACAUGAAAUUAUUGUUUUAAUGUCGAGGUACUAAAAUACAAUAUAAACUAUAAACCGGUUAUGGUUAAUUUUUCUCACUUAGUAAAGUUUACUAAAACAAAGACUUUUUUUAGAUUUUCUUUUAAAAUCCCAGAUUUUUUGUUUUUCUAUCAAAUAUUUUAUUAUCAGAAAGAAAAAUUGAUCAUUUAAUUUAAAAUUUGUUUUCAUCCAAUCAGGAAGCAGCUUGUUGAAAUGAAGCAUCUGUUUACAAAAAUAAACAAAAACAAGAAACUUCAGAGAAUUUGUUGUUGUUUUGGUUCUAAAAGAAAAACCUGGACUGAUCCUCGGAACAGGUCAAAAACUGCACAACUGAUCUGUUUUUAUCAAUUUAAUUAGUUUUUUCUUCACAUCCUUUAAGAAACGAUAAAGAAAUCUGUUGACAGAAUCAAUAAAAAUGUUUUUAUUUGGUUAAAUUUUUUAUUUUUUUUAUGUUUUCAGCUCUACGGUGUCCUCUGUGGGACAAACCAGGUUCUUUUCUCUUCCUGUUGGAAACUUUUGGUUUUAGUAAACUCAUCUCAUUAUUUAUUUAAUUUUUACUUUGAGAUUAAAUUUCACUAAAGUUUGUUUUUAUUGAUUUAUUGUUUUUUGUUCAAGUUAUAUUUUAUUAAGAUUUUUUUCUUGCUGAAAGUUAAAACCUUCAGAUCCUUUUAUGUUGGGCUGAAAACUCAUCAAAUGUUUCAGAAAGUUUUUUUUUUUGAACAGAUUUUAUUUCAGUCUGUGGUUCUGGUUCAACGUCUCAUGAAGUUUAUUUUUUGAGUCGCUCAUUUUGUCUAAAAUAAAAWCAGCUACACAUUAAAAGACUUUCAUUUAAUCUUUAACCUGCAGCUCCACAAACAAAUCUAUCAGAUAAAUAAUAAAACUGUUCAACUUUUAUCUGUUCGGCAGCUUUGAAUCAGAAAAAUAACCUUUUAUCUUKUUGUUAUAAAUAAAUUAAAUGUUUGUGACAAACAGAUUUUUAUAGAAAACCUUUUCAUAAAGUGACUGAAUGUUUGUAAAAGUUAAUGUUGUGAAAUGUUSAAAUAAGAAGAAUCUGUAAAGGUUUAACUGAUGAAGGUUUUUAUAUUUGGUGUCAUGAUUGUGAACAAGAGAAAUAACUUUACAGUUUAUGUAAUAAAAUCUUAUUGAAGAAAAUUCA